AGCCUUGUCGAUCGUUACCGCGCAGUACCACGGCCAUUGUGUUAAAAGAACCCACGACGCUCGGAUAGUUGAAUGCAGAGGACCGGGGACGCGUAGUUUUUCCAAGUUUUUCCUCCUGUGAUAUUUAGAUUGUGCCAAUAUAGAAACGAGGAAACGAUACCAGAGAAGAUGGAUGAUGACCAGCAGUUUUGCCUUAAAUGGAACAAUCAUCAAAGCACAUUGAUUCAAAAUUUCGACACGCUUUUAGAGAGUGGCACGCUGGUCGAUUGCACGUUGGCAGCGGAGGGGAAAUACCUAAAGGCCCACAGGGUAGUCCUCUCCGCGUGCAGUCCAUAUUUUGAGGGCCUUCUUAGCGAGCAUUACGAUAUGCACCCUGUAUUUAUACUCAAAGAUGUAAAAUUUAAAGAAUUGAAGGCAAUGAUUGAUUAUAUGUACAGGGGAGAAGUUAAUAUCUCCCAAGACCAACUAACGGCACUCCUUAAGGCUGCCGAAUCAUUACAAAUUAAAGGCCUUUCGGAAAGUAAAACGGUUGGUAGUAAUGGUAAUAAUAAAUCACUUUCGAGGGUAUCUAAAGUUGCUCCACAACCAAGGUCAUCACCUCUAAAUAUUUCCUACGCGUCUGCCGGUCUCACCAUUGAAAGGAACAGAGUUCCUAGACAGGCAAGUUCGAUAGGAGAUUUGCCAGAAGAUUCGCAUAGUCCUCAAAUUCCCAAGGAACAUUCUUCGAGCAGGGAAGGUUCGCUCAGCCCAACAUCAAAGAAAAGAAGAAAACUUAGAAGAAGAAGUGCCGGUGAAGAUACUUCUAUAGAAAAUCACGAAGCAUCGAAUUCAAGUGAUAUACCUCAACAAAUGGGCGUGCCGGCACUUGCGAUAGCACCUGUCGCGGACGAAAAAACGAAUGCGGAUCCAACGGACUCUCUCGGCAGGUCAGCUUUAAUGACACAGUUGACGAAACCUGCCGACGAGAUGUUACAGAUGCCUCUCGAAAAUCCUGAACCGAGCGAUAAUCUCAUUGAGCCAAAGUCCGAGUAUAUGGAGGACCAGGAAGAAAGUGUCGAAGACUUGACGCUAGACGAUGACAUGAAUGAUUUAAAUGAAAUUGAACAAGACACGAACAGAGCAGGACCUUCCCAUGACACGUCCCAACAUCCUGCAGGCCUUGCAACAUGGCACGUUACUGGUGAUCGAAGUAAUGCAAGUGGUGUCGUCGGUUCCGUAGCUGGUGCUCCGGGCACGACAGACGAAGUCUUCCUCGCAGCUCAGGAGGCCGCACAGGCCCACCGCGACUCACAAGGAUUCUUUGCUGGGCUUGGUUGGAGUAACGAAAGUAUUGGAAACAAUCGUCGUGUAUCUUCGAGAAAUAACAACGUGGAUGGGAACGUGCCAGGACCGUUGACACCCCAACGACGUGCUAGGCUACAUUGUCCUGGACGACAUCAUCAAGGAAGGAACAACAAUAAUCGUUCAUUGGGUAAUAGCAUAACAACAACUUCGGGACACGAUCGUCGCCAUAAUUGCGGUAGAUGUGGCAAAAGUUAUAAAAAUGCUUAUAUACUUAAAAGACACAUAUUGUACGAAUGCGGCAAAGCACCCUCAUUCAGUUGUCCCCAUUGCGCGUUCAGCUCGAAAUACGAAAGAAAUUUAAAAGCCCAUAUAAAUCAUCGUCACGUAGACGUCCAAUCAUCGCAAUCGGCUACCGCCCUCAAUCAAAGGGCCUGAAGAAGAAAACGUCUGGUUUUUCCUUCGGUUUUUCGCUCUCCGCUCCUUUAAAAAAACAAUCCUUUCCUUCCCAUCCUAAAAACGUCAAAACUGAAGUGUUUUUUACCGACUGGGAUUCAUUUAUUUCUUUUUUUUUGCUUUGAUUUUAUGUAGUUUUUUAGGCUGAGAGAGAUGUUUAUCCGAUAUUGAAAUUCAAUCCUCCCCCAUUAUUGUGAUUUUUACAAGAUAUGUUAUAUAAUACUUCUUUGCUUUUUUCUAUUUCUUUCUUUCUUUCCGUAAUUUUUACUUCGUUAAAGUUGAUUUUUUUUUUAUCGUAUUCUUAUGGUUUCUAGUCUUUUUGGUGAGUGAUAUAGGGAAAUUUAUAUCGUUUCGUAUAUUUUGUUUUUCUUUUAAUAUUUUCUAUUUAUUUAUACGCGGUGCUGAGAAUUUGUGCAAAAGCAAUCGUAAGAUUAUAAUAUAAAAUCGGUUUUGUUUUCUUUUAUUAUUUUUUUUCUUCUUUUGUUAUUUUUAUAUAUUCUUCCCCUAAAGAGAGAAAAGAAUCUUGUUAGGAAUAUAUAUAUAUUUAAUCUAUUAUUUUUUUUUUCUAACCCCUAACUAGUCUUCCCUCGUUUCGUUAUUUAACGAACUAUUACCAAAUAAAUGAUAUACACGUAUAAAUACAGGUAAACGAAAAAUUAAUGAAAUGAUUAUACAAAUUAAUUAUCCCCAUAGUCGAGAUCUUUUGAAUUAUCUUUUUUUUUUAUCUAUUCGCAAGAACGAAACAAAGAAAACAAAUGGUUUAUUUAAAAUAUCUCGAUAAAUGGUAAUUAAUUUUUAUUGUUGAAAUCCAUUAGAAAUUUUUGGUUAUAUUUAUUUCCUGUAUAUAUAUAUUAAUCAAACGUACGUAACACACUCUUCCGAUUAGAAUAAUUAUCUUAUAUAAGUUAGAUACAUAUAAUAUUAUUUAUCGAUUUUCCAUUAACAUUCUUUUAUCCUCGAGUUUUAAACAAAACGAAAAGAAAAAAAAAAAAAAAAAAAAGAAAAUAUAUUUACAAGUAAUAAUAUAUAAUAAUAUAAUGAAAUUAAAUGAAAUCUCGUUGUGCCAUACGACGAAGUCGUUUUAUCGAUAAUAGGACGUUUCAAACGGGUGUAGCCGUAGUGAUGUAUCUCUGUGUAUAUUAAAAUAUAUUUAAUAAAAAAAAAAAUAUAUAUAUAUAUACAUAUAAAUGAAAAAUGACAAAAAAAGAGAAGCAAGAAAAGUAUUACCAAUAUCGCAAAAAAUUACGAACCCCCGUAUCAUCACGCGGUUUCAGUGGUGAUAAGUAAAAAUGGGGAAAGAAAUUUAAAAAAGAAGAAAAAAAGAUAAGUAAAGUAAAAAAGAAAGAAUAAAAGAAAGAAAGAAAAAUAAUAAAUAUAAUAUAAGUAAUUUUCAAGUAGUAUAUACUCUCUAUAUUGUGACAAUAUUAAAUAUAUAUAUAUAUAUAAUUGAAAUUGCAAUUAUAUGCAAUUUAUUAUUCGCUUAGCGAUUUUUGCUUCGUAAUACGUUAUUUAAUCGUAUAUAGCAUACAAAUACACUCAUACAUAUGUACACUUACGAACACAAACACACAUACACAUAUACACACAAAUUUAUUUAAAUAUAAUAAUAAACAUUGUGAGAUAUUAAAAAAAAAGACAAAAGAAAAUAAAAAUCACUGUGUCGAUACAUACGUAAAAAAAGAAAGAGAAAAAAUGAAUAAAAUGGGGGAACGAAAGAAUGUAAAAAAAAAUACGAAGGAAAAAGUUGGGGAAAAAUAACUCGACCCCAUAAACCCGAUAAAUGACGAAUCAAAAUCGAAAAUUAAUGGGAAAGAAAAAAAAGGAAAAAAAGAAAAAAAAGAAAGAAAAA